UUUUUCAUUUCUCUUUCGUCAGAAAAUUUUUUUGGAUAAUCUAUAACGAUGACGUUGUUUUGUGAACAAAUGUUUUAACAAUAAGGUAAUAUUUCCAUUAAUUUUUACGAAUAUGAUUGAGAAAGUUGACAUCGAAGCCGUUGUAGAAGGUGGAGGGAAUACUGGACAAUCGGGUGCAAUAAGGUGGGGCAUUGCGUGGGGUCUCCGAAGUUUCGUUACUCCUGAGGUUGUACAAAAUAUGAAAAUUGCUGGAUUGUUGACGAGAGAUUGGAGGAUACGUGAAAGAAAGAAAUUUGGCCAAGAAGGAGCAAGAAGGAAAUUUACGUGGAAGAAACGUUAAUUUUCGAAAUAUCUUUUUUUUUAAUUAUAAAAAUCAUAUAAUUAUAUCUCGUAUGGAAUAAUAGAUUUAAAAAGAAAAUUCUUUAUCUUUAAAUUAAUGUUGUACCAAAUAAUAUAUAUUAUUUGAAUAUUAAUGUACAUCGGAUGCAACAGUUGGUAUAUGUUCAUCAAAUGAGAACAUGUAUAAAUAUUAGAUAAAAAAGAACUUCUAAUCUCUUUUCACAGUAUUUAAUACAUUUGAUAUCUUGCGAUAAGCUUCAUUUUACAUUUUGCUUAGAGGUGUUAAACCAAGUAACUUCAUCCCUUGUGCAAGGACGUUUUUUGCUACAUGGAAAAGAAGUAGUCUUUGAUUGCUAAUAUCUACGGUUUCGCCUUUAACUUGCAAUGUCUCGAAAGCUUUGUUGAUAGUAUAGCUGCAUAAAAUAAAUAUUUUUAAGUACAUACUUAUUAAAAA